AUGGUAGACGUGUCGGCAGGGGGUGCAGUGCUGCUGCUCAGCACGACGGCACAGACUGGAGGCUUCUUCUCAACGGCGGGACAAGCAGGAAGCAAUCUGUCUAAAUGCACUUCUCCACGCAGCAACACGGGCAAGCGGCUGAUGGCCAAGUGCCGGCUGCUCUACCAGGAGAACGAGGAGCUGGGUAAAAUGAUUUCCUCGGGCCGCAUGGCCAAGCUCGAGGGCGUGGCAUUGCAGCGCAACUUCAGCGAGGAGAUGAAGAAGAGCCAGACGGGUGAGUCAAGAGAGUUCCUGCUGGAACUGGACGAGGAGGUGGAAGGUAUGCAGAGCACCAUCUACCUGCUGCAGCAGCAGCUGCGCGAAGCAAAGGGGCGCGGAUUCAGGCCGGAGCGGAGGCUGGCCACCGAGCGCGGGGACGAGCCCGUGCUCAACGGGCACGUCGCGGGCCCCACUGCAAGCGCGCCGCCGGCUGCUGCCCCUCCGCCGGCCAGGGGCGGCAAGCGCACGGCGUCGCGGGCAACGCGAGCGGCGCCUCGGCGCAGCGCUGCGCCGCGGACACGGAAGCGCGCACGAGAGCAGGGCGCGGACGGGCCGGAUGCCAAGGUGUCCUCGGCACUGGAGAUAGACGCGGACACCGAGGUGCAGGUGGCACAGACGCUUGCCUACCUGUUUGUGGCCAACAAAGAGCGACACCAGGAUGGCUCAUCCGACUCGGCCGCAGCCGAUGAUGCGCAGGACCUCUGAUGCCGUGGGCAGACUUGUAAAAAGCAUCUCGUGUGGGCGCCAUUUCUCAUGUGUGAUUGUGACACUGCGCAUUCUAUAGCGAGUGGGGCUGUUUGGGAAAAAUCACUUGUUCAUGAUUUGUGGCAUCAUUGUGAGAAAUAAACUGACUGUUGAAGUGUA